AUGGUCAAAUACCUUCGCCUCGUGGCAGCACUUCUGCCGCUGGUCUCGUUGAGCGCCGCCAGUCCGCUGCCCGAUUUCGACCUCGACGCGAUCGCGGAGCUGCCCACUCCCACCUCGAUCCCGGCCGACAUCGCCUUCACCGUCAUCGACGCCGCCACUGCUGUCCAGUCGAUCCUCGCCACUGCCACGCCGGCAGCUGCCAUCAAGAACGAUCUCGUGGAAGGCGCGCAGGAGGCGGCAGAAAACUCGGCCGCUCCCACGGUGUCGGUAACGUCGCUGCGGAAGCGUGCCGACCCGAAGACGGUCUACCCGAGCCUUCCCGCCGGCAACUACCUCGACUCUGACCAGUGGCCUGCGGGCAACUUCACUACGGAGACGUUCCAGUCGUUCGCGGCGUAUGUCUCUGCCGCCAAUGAUGCGGCCGUCGAUGGCUGGACCAAGACGCAGACCGGCGGCAAAAGCAUGCGCGGGGACAUGCCUGGCGUGCUGCGCAUCAGCACCUACUCGAGCUACGACCCGGCUGCCAUGGCGGCCAAAUGCAAGAGCAUCACCAACUGCAUGUCGUUUGGCAUGUGGUACGAGCGUACGCCGACCGUGGCGCCCUCGGCGGCCAACCCCAACCCGCAGCCGGCCGUGUGGGUCAAGGUGCUCUUCUACGCCUUCCCGCUCUCCCUGGCCGAGGCCACCGGUGAUGGACAGUGGUCGCAGAAGUUCUGGCGCUCGCACACGGGUGCCGCCUUCUUCACCAACAGCGCCUUCACGCCUAGGGCGAUGGCCGGCUACAAGCCUCCGAUCAGCCUUCCGGGAGCGAUCCAGGUCGGCGAUGCGCAGGUGGCGGCCAACGGCGGCAUCGAUCCCGAGCUGACGAGAUCGGACCCGAUGACGGGCAUCCCGGACCCGCUCGUCUGCAAGACGCUGUGCGACAAGUACACGGCCGACAAGUCGUACUUCAACGGCAUCAAGAAGAACUGUGCCCAGUUCAACAUCAUCCUCCUCGCGCUCAACGGCAAGGUGACGGGCUGGCAGUGCCAGUACUACACAAACGUCUUUGACGCCUCGGUCGCGACCAACAGGGGCGGCAUGGACUCGAAGGGCAACCGCGUCGACGUGGUCGGCAGCUGGGUGUACGAUGCCGACCCGCAGCCCGAGCCCUAUGUCAAGGACCCUUCUCACCCGGCGCCUGGGAUGCGCGAGUGCGGGCUCAAGAACAUUGAGCACCGCGGCAGCUGCUACGAGAAGCAGGAUUGGUCCGUGGACAUGGACGACGACGCCGACACGGUCGGGAUCCGGGUCUACAGCAGCAAGAGCUACAGCGCCGAGGUCGUCAAUGGCUGGAAGGUGUCGACGUCGCACUGGUACUUCCAAGACGACCCGAUCACGACGUGCUUUACCUCGCUCUUCUACCCGGCCGGGUCGCUGCCGGGCCUCGAGCAGGACAAGUGGUACAUGCUGUGCAACUACGGCACCACCUGGACCGCCCGGGACUUUUCGGCCGACCUCAUCUCGGCCACGUUCCAGCAGCGCGCCCAGAUCACGGCCUACCGCGACGGCGUCGAAGUGGGCUCGUUUACCACGGAAAAGGCCGACGACGUCCGCUUCCCCGCCGACUGGACCGGCAUCACGUCGAUCUCGAUGUCGGAGAACGACGUCUUUACCGACUUCAAGAUGAUCCGCCACUAUGGCGCGUGA